UGCAGCAGACAUGGCAGCCGAUCGGACCGGGGCGACGCUGGAAGACACCGAGGACAUUCAUUCAUCAGAUCUGGACUCGUACCAGGAUCUCGGUGGUAACAUACCGAAGAGACAUGCCCGGGUCACCGUCAAGUACAACAGGAAGGAGCUGCAGAGGCGCCUGGACGUAGAGAAGUGGAUCGACGAGAGCCUGGACCGGCUCUACGAGGGGCAGGGAGAUGAUAUGCCAGAGGAGGUGAACAUUGACAACUUGAUUGACCUGCCUAAUGAAGAGGAGCGAGUCAAAAAGUUACAGGAGCUCCUUCAAAAGUGCAAUAACAACACAGAGGGCUUCAUCAGAGAGCUGGUGGCAAAGCUGGAGGGAGUUCAGAAGCAGGACGAGCUGCAGAGCGAAGGCAUCGAGCAUCCGGUCAUCUGCCACAGCCACUACCGCCACGAGCCGUACCACUUUAACACCCCGCGGCAACCCCAGUCCUCCCAGCACGCCCGGGGCCCAAACCAGACCCUCUGACCACCCCCUCAGCCAAGGCACGCUGCUCUCACUGGCAAGGCAGGAAAACAAUAAAUGGAGGUUCUGUUGGACUAUGGAAGGCAAAGAAGGAAAAUCCACCCUAAAACGUACUCAUUAAGAGUUUCGAUCUUCUGGAAUCACUGACACAGGGACGGCAACACUCAAGAUAUAGUCCAGGUUUAUAUUUCCCAAAAUGUCAAACUAUUCCUUUAAUUACUUAUUAAAGAAGCAGCUAUAGGUGACAUGCAUUCAUGGGAAAACUUAUCAGACCUUCAUUUUCUUCAAUUUCUUGUUCAUUUUUAAUGCCUGGUACAACUAAAGGUACAUUUGUUUGGACAAAUAUAAUGAGAAUUUUUGAGCUGAUAUCUAGACAUUUUCCAUGGUUUUCUUAAUGAUGAUGUUGGUUAUUAUCAAGAAAACCAUGUUAAAUGUCUAGAUAUCAGCACUUAAAUUAAACUCUUAUGAAAUAUUUUUGUUGUUAUCAUUAUAUUUGUCCAAAAUAUUUUUUUUUCAUGACUGUAUGUUAUCUAAUUGCCCACACUGCAAAAAGGUGUGUCUCAAAACCAGAUAAAAAAAGUAAAUCUGAGGGAAAUGAUCUUGCUGCAUGGACAGAUAAUUUACCUUGACAAGAUUUCUUAAAUUAAAUCUAGAUUAUUAAAUCUAGAAAUAAGCAUGUUGGCACGCCUAAAAUAAGAAAUUAACUCUUAAAACAAGAUAAACUGUCUAACACUUCUAAAUCUAAAGGUUUUUUUUUUAUCUUGGUAAGAAACAAAUAAUUGUCAGUGAUGAACUGGCCCGAGCAGAGUGCUGCUCGGGCCAGUUCAUCGCUGCUGGCAGCUUUAAUUUAUCCUGUUUUAAGAGUUAAUUUCUUAUUUUAAGUGUACAACAUGCUUAUUUCUAGAUUUAAUCAUCUCAAUUUAAGAAAUCUUGUCUAGUGAAAUCAUCCGUCCAUGCAGCAAGAUCAUUUCCUCAGAUUAAGUGUUUUUGUCUUGUUUUUAGACACACCUUUUUUGCAGCGCAAGGAUAAGACACGAAAUAGAAAUAAACCUACGAAGAUAAUCUAAGAGCACAAAUAGCCAUCAAACAGGAAGAAAAUAAUACACAAUAGGAACAUAUUUGUUUCCACACACAGUUUUCUCAAAAGAAAUGUUGUUUGCAGCACCAAAACCUGUGACUCUCACUUUGACUUUGACUGGAAAAAAGCUGCCAUUCUAUCUUGAUCUUACUAUUUUUAUCUCUGUUUCCGCAUGCACACAGUUGGAUGCAACAGUUGCAACUGUCACUAAAUGAUGAGGUACCUGUUGAAAGCCACUGAAGGAAACCAGGAGCAAUGUCUUCCUUUAAAAACAACAUCCUGCUUGCCAGCCACUGAACAUGACACACUGAUCAAACUAGAGUGGAUUUAACAUUGAAAACAUCACUGAACCGUCCACUGGAGACAUCAACAUGUUAGCUCAUAUACGUUAUUUAACAUGUUUCUCAUGAUGACGGUCAUGAUUGUUAUCUAUUGUCAUGGUUACAGGACAUGGAGAUGGAUCCAACAUAGCAGUACAACAUGGUCUCACAGGAAUCUGUGAAAUAGCCACGGAUUCGCUUAACUCAAAAUCCGUGGAAUAGCCACGGAAUCACAAAAAUUUCCAUGAAACUGACACGGAUUUCGCUACAAUGCAAGUUAAUGACAGUCAUAUCCCGUGGCUAUUCCAACAUACAAAGUGAUUAUGUACAUUCACUGAGUGAAUAUUUAGAAAAUAAAACAUAUAUUUCUCGCUAGAAAUGUGAUCAAAAUCCAUUUUGAUGCAGAAACUAAGUCAAAAUAUUGAUUUUUUCACUAAAAAUGAGAGAACUGUCCGCCAUGUUUUUUGUUCUGACCACCGGGACCUUGAAAGUCACGUGACUUGGAACAAACCAAUAGGAAAAAAUAUCCAUGGAAUAGCCACGGGAUAUGACUGUCAUUAACUUGCAUUGUAGCGAAAUCCGUGUCAGUUUCACGGAAAUUUGAGUGAUUCCGUGGCUAUUCCACGGAUUUUGAGUUAAGUGAAUCCAUGGCUAUUUCACAGAUUCCUGUGAGACCAGGUUCUAGCAGUAUGAUGUAACACUGGAAAUAAUCCUGUUGCAUUGCUUACACACUCGCUUUUUAAUCUGUCACUGUCAUUCAUCCUUUCUGUUUCUCAGUUGUGUUGUUACUACUUUUUCACUUUUAUUCACUUAGUAUUGAUUCUGCAAAGAGGCACUAGUGCUCUGCAAGAAUUGCUAAUAAAAUGAUUUCUUUCA